AUGAAAUGUUUAUCAUUUUAUUUUUCAUCUGUUCGUUUCUUUCUUUCUUUCUUUUUUUCUUUAUUUCUUUCUUUCUUUCUUUCUUAUCACCUUUUUCUUUCUUUUUUGUUAUCACUCUUUUCUUUCAUAUUACCUUUCUUUCUUAUCACCUUUUUCUUUCAUAGCGCCUUCUUUCUUUCUUUCUUUCUUUCUUUCUUUCUUUCUUAUCACCUUUUUCUUUCUUUUUCUCAUUAUCUUUUCUUUCUUUAUCACCUUUUUCUCUUUCUUAUCACCGUUUUCUCUUUUUUGUUUUUUCUUAUCACUCUUUUCUUUCAUCUCCUUUUCCUUUCUUUCUUUCUUUCUUUCUUUCUUAUUACCCUGUUCUCUUUCUUUCUUUUUUCUCAUCAUCUCUUAUUUUUUCGUAUCACAUUUUUCUUUUAUGUCUCCUUUUUCUUUCUUUCUUUCUUAUCAUCUUUUUCUCUUUUUUUUUCUCAUCAUCUCUUCUUUUAUCUUAUCAACCUUUUCUUUCAUAUCACCUUUUUUCUUUCUUUCUUUCUUUCUUAUCACCUUUUUCUCUUCUUUUUUUCUUCCUUUCUUUCUUUUUUUUCUUAUCAGCUUUUUCUUCUUUUUUCUUAA